AUGGGUCUUGAUUACUUAAGUAAGAAAAACUGGCAUACAGGUUCAAUAAAGAACAUAGCUAAAGUUUGGGAAAAAGAAUAAAAAUACAUCGAGAAAUUAAAAAAACAAGAAGAAUACACAAAAAAACGACACGAAGAAAAAACAGCUUAUGAAUUAAAAUAAUUGUAAGUCGAAGCCGGGUUAAUACCUAAAAGUGCAUUAGAUAAUAACAGAAGAUACUACAAAUAAAGCCUGUGA